AGAGUGGCCAUAAUCCCUUAUCCAUUAUCAGUAGCAAAAGCCUUGAUGAAAUUGCAGAGUGAAAAUUGAACAGCAAUGGCUUCAGUAGCUUCAUCUUCAUCGUUUUCCACCAGGCUUCUUCUGCACUCACCCACAGUUCUUCUGGGUAGCAGAAGCGGACCCAAUUUUGUGAGGAUGGUGACUCGCUCCUGUCUCGAUGACAGUUCUGCUCUCCUCCGAGCAGCACAAUACACUGUGGAUACAUAUGUGAAAAAUGGCAUGGUUGUAGGAUUGGGGUCUGGUCAUGCAUCUGGUAUGGCCAUUCAGCAUUUGGGUCGCCAGCUUCGAACUGGUAAUUUGAAGGAUAUAGUAGGGAUUCCCAUGUCUAUUGCAAGUGCAAGUGAAGCAGCAAAGGCUGGGAUUCCAUUGGAUACGUACCAAGACUGUUCUCAAAUUGACUUUGCAUUUGAUGAUGCUGACGUCAUAGAAGAAGGGACCCUUGUUGCUAUCAUUGGGCGUCGGAAAUUGCAAGGUGAGGAAUCCAUAAUCCAGGAGAAGUCUAUACUAAAUGCUACCAAUAAACUUGUGUUCAUUAUCGAAGAAAACCAGUACAAAGGUGGUCUGGAAGGUUCUAUUCCAGUUUUAAUUCAGUCUCUGAACUGGAUGGCAAUUGCUGAGGAGAUUGAUGACAUGUUUCUGGGUGAUGCUGAGGUCUGGAGAAGACCAUCUAUAGGGCAAGCAGGUCCACUUGGAGGUGACUUCCCACUACUGACCAGAGAAGGACAUAAUGUUCUUGAUGUUAUCUUUACAUCUCCAAUAGAAAACCUUGCUGAAGUAGCAAAAAGCCUUGGUAAAGUUGAUGGUGUUGUGGACCAUGGUGUCAUAACUAAAAUCCCAUGCACAGUGGUAAUUGCUUCUCAGAAUGGACUCAACAUUUUGGACAAGUUGACCGCAGAUAUAGUGGGUAAGCUUGCUCAAGCAGGUGAUUGUGCUUAAUUGAAGACACAAAACAAAUAAGUUUUGCUUGUAUUAGAAGAUUGACUUGAUAGGUACAAGACAAGCUGAGUUUGGGCAGUUUAUGGGGACAAGACAACCAUUGUAGACCUUAAAAAAAUGAUUCAGCACAUUCCUUCGUCAUACCUUAGGUGCAGUUAUACUCCUAAAUGGUAAUUAAAUUACAUCUUGUACAUAAUCGUAGAAAUUCUCUGAAAAAAUCUCCAAACAAAGAGACGUUAAAGCUCUAUUUGCCAAACUAAU